AUGGCUGACUCGCAACAGUUCCACAAAGCACCUGAAUUCGACACAUUGAUGGUCCAUGCCGGCCAGACACCAGAUACCGCCGUCCAUUCUCGCGCUGUUCCUAUCUAUGCAACGACAUCUUUCGUUUUCAAUGAUUCCGCGCACGGUGCAGACCUCUUCGGCUUGAAAACUCCGGGAUUCAUCUACUCCCGAAUCGGAAAUCCUACAGUGGAUGUGUUUGAAAACAGGAUGGCUGCUCUUGAAGGCGGUGUUGGCGCUGUAGCCACAGCGUCUGGCCAGGCUGCCCAAUUUUUGGCCAUUUCUGCUCUAGCAGAUGUUGGGGACAAUGUUGUUACAAGCUCAUUUUUGUACGGUGGAACUUACAACCAGUUCAAAGUCACCCUCAAGAAGUACGGGAUUCAUGCCAAAUUCGUUACCGAAACAGAUCCUGCUGCCUUUGCCGCUGCCAUUGACGAAAAAACGAAAGCAAUCUAUAUCGAGAGUAUCACAAACCCAAAGUAUCAUGUUAUCGAUAUUCCGGUGCUUGCAGAGAUCGCUCACAAACACGGUAUCCCUUUGGUCGUUGAUAAUACUUUUGGUAUGGGAGGAUACCUCAUCCGCCCUCUUGACCAUGGUGCCGAUAUCGUCGUUCACAGUGCUACCAAAUGGAUUGGUGGCCACGGCACGACUAUUGGAGGCGUUAUUAUUGACGGCGGGAAGUUCAACUGGAAAUCUCCCAAAUUUCCAGGAUUCACAAACCCCGCGGAAGGAUACCAUGGUUUAGUUUUUGCGGAUCUAGGUCCAGCUGCAUUCAGUAUCAAAGUUCGAACUGAGUUCCUUCGAGACGUAGGCCCCUGCCUCUCGCCAUUUGCUGCCUUCCUACUUCUUCAAGGACUUGAGACUCUUUCUCUUCGCGGCGAACGCCAUUCUUCGAAUGCUCUCGCCGUCGCGCAGUACCUAGAAAAACACCCCAACGUCAAAUGGGUGUCAUAUCUCGGCUUAACAUCGCACAAAUCGCACGAGACGGCGAAAAAACUGUUGAGGCCAGGUGUAUUCGGCGGAAUACUAAGCUUUGGGCUCGAUGGUGAUGCAGCUACUGGGAGUAAAUUUGUGGAUAGCUUGAAAUUGGCGAGUAAUCUAGCAAACGUUGGUGACGCUAAGACUCUCGUCAUCCACCCUGCUAGUACGACACACUCUCAACUCACGGAAGUAGAACAGCUGCAAUCAGGUGUUCCUCCCGACCUUAUUCGUGUUUCCAUUGGAAUUGAAGACUAUCGGGACAUUAUCGCUGAUCUCGAUGCCGGAUUUAAGAUUGCGUUUGAGCAACCAUAA